ACUUGGCACACAAUUCCGCCAGGCUCCCAGAGGGGCGGUUGCAGCUACACCCUCGCGCAAAGCAUAGCCAAUCAGAAGCAGCACAGACCGGGCCCUUUCGACUCCGACCAAUCGGCGUCCUGAACUUUAGCUCGUCGGCCGGCGCCUCCGUCGUCCGAGAAGAGAAGCAAGCCCCCUUUGGAGUUGCCAGUAACAGACAUGGCUGCGGCCCCAGGAGGAGGGGACGUGAAGUGAGGAGGGGGCAGGGAGGGGAGAGGACCGGGGCGCCGAAGACAGGCCCCUGGGCCCCGAUGCUGUGACUGACAGACGCACUGGGGUUUGUACAUGUUGGGGAGGAGCCUUCCUUUCGGGGGUGAUCACAUUCAUCUGGGCAUGCCUGCAGUACUCCGGGCCCAUGGACCUGAAGGAGAAGCUUCCGGGCGAGCCUCCCGUGGCCCUGGGCCUGUCCACCCGCAAGGCCCUCAGCAUCCUGAAGGAGCAGUUGGAGGCAGUGCUGGAAGGACACCUGAAGGAGCAGAAGAAGCGUCUUACGUGGAAGGAGAUGUGGAGAAGCAGCUUCCUGCACCACAGUAACCGCUGCUCCUGUUUCCAUUGGCCGGGAGCCUCGCUCAUGCUGCUGGCAGUGCUGCUGCUGCUGGGCUGCCAUGGGAGCCAGCCAGCUGGGAGCCACGGGGUGGAGUUGGUGAACGCUGCGGCGCUGUUCCUGUUGCUGCUUCUCAACCUCAUCCUCAUUGGGCGGCAGGAUCGGCUGAAGCGUCGGGAGGUGGAGCGGAGACUCCGAGGGAUCAUUGACCAAAUCCAGGAUGCCCUCAGGGAUGGCAAGGAGACCAGGUGGCCCGAUGCCAUGUACCCCGACCUCCACACGCCCUUUGCGCCAUCCUGGUCCCUGCACUGGGCCUACAGAGACGGACACCUGGUGAACCUGCCAGUCAGCCUGUUGGUGGAAGGCGACGUCAUAGCUCUAAGGCCGGGCCAGGAAUCCUUUGCCUCUCUGAGGGGCAUUAAGGAUGAUGAGCACAUCGUCUUGGAGCCCGGAGACCUGUUUCCCCCUUUCUCCCCACCCCCCUCUCCCCGGGGAGAAGUAAAGAAAGGGCCCCAGAACCCCCAGCAGCACCGGCUCUUCCGUGUCCUUGAGACCCCUGUGAUUGACAACAUCAGAUGGUGCCUGGAUAUGGCCCUGUCCCGCCCGGUCACUGCCCUGGACAACGAGAGGUUCACCGUGCAGUCCGCGAUGCUGCACUAUGCUGUGCCCGUGGUCCUGGCCGGCUUCCUCAUCACCAAUGCGCUGCGCUUCAUGUUCAAGGCCCCCGGGGUCACCUCCUGGCAGUACACUCUACUCCAGCUCCAGGUGAACAGUGUCCUGCCUAUCCUGCCCCUGCUCUUCCCGGUCCUCUGGGUUCUGGCCACCGCCUGCGGAGAAGCUCGUACCCUGGCCCAGAUGAGCGAGGCCUCACCCAGCUCCCUGCUGGCCAAGUUUUCAGAGGAUACCCUCAGCAGCUACACAGAAGUUGUCUCCUCUCAGGAAAUGCUACGCUGCAUCUGGGGCCACUUUCUGAGGGUGGUCCGGGGGACGGCACCAACACUGAGCCACAGCUCCAGCCUGCUGCACAGCCUAGGCUCUGUCACGGUUCUGUGCUGUGUAGACAAGCAGGGCAUCCUGUCGUGGCCAAAUCCUAGCCCGGAGACGGUGUUGUUCUUCAGUGGGAAGGUGGAGCCCCCUCACAGCAGCCACGAGGACCUGACAGAUGACCUGUCCACGCGCUCCUUCUGCCACCCCGAGGUAGAGGAGGAGCCCCACGAACGAGACACCCUUCUGGCUGGCUCAUUGAACAACACCCUGCACCUUUCCAGUGAGCAGGAGCGUGGCGACUGGCCCGGCGGUGGCGCCAAGCCACCCGAGCCCCACUCUCACCACAAGCCACACGGCCGCAGCAAACACCCGUCCGGCUCCAAUGUGAGCUUCAGCAGGGACACCGAGGGAGGGGACGAGGAGCCCAGCAAGAGCCAGCCUGGGAUGGAGGGCGAGCCCUACGAAGCCGAGGACUUCGUGUGUGACUACCACCUGGAGAUGCUGAGCCUGUCCCAGGACCAGCAGAACCCCUCCUGCAUCCAGUUCGACGACUCCAACUGGCAGCUGCACCUCACCUCCCUCAAACCGCUGGGCCUCAAUGUGCUGCUGAACCUGUGCGACGCCAGCGUCACCGAGCGGCUCUGCCGGUUCUCAGACCACCUGUGCAACAUUGCCUUGCAGGAGAGCCACAGCGCCGUGCUGCCCGUGCACGUGCCCUGGGGCCUCUGCGAGCUGGCCCGCCUCAUUGGCUUCACUCCCGGAGCCAAGGAGCUCUUCAAGCAGGAGAACCACCUUGCGCUCUACCGCCUCCCGAGCGCUGAGACGGUGAAGGAGACAUUGCUGGGAAGGCUCUCCUGUGUCGCCAAGCGCCGCCCUCCGCUCAGCCACAUGAUCGGCCUCUUCAUCAAGGACACCACAACCAGCACAGAGCAGAUGCUGUCGCAUGGCACGGCCGACGUGGUCUUGGAGGCCUGCACCGACUUCUGGGAUGGAGCUGACAUCUACCCUCUCUCUGGGUCUGACAGAAAGAAAGUGCUGGAUUUCUACCAGCGCGCCUGCCUAUCUGGUUACUGCUCCGCUUUUGCCUACAAGCCUAUGAGCUGCGCCCUGUCCUCUCAGCUCAAUGGCAAGUGCAUCGAGCUGGUGCAGGUGCCCGGCCAGAGCAGCAUCUUCACCCUGUGUGAGCUGCCCAGCACCGUCCCCAUCAAGCAGAACACCCGCCGCAACAGCUGGAGCUCCGACGAAGGGAUCGGGGAGGCGCUGGAGAAGGAGGACUGCAUGCAGGCCCUGAGCGGCCAGAUCUUCAUAGGCAUGGUGUCGUCCCAGUACCAGGCCCGGCUGGACAUCGUGCGCCUCAUCGACGGGCUGGUCAAUGCCUGCAUCCGCUUCGUCUACUUCUCCCUGGAGGACGAGCUCAAAAGCAAGGUGUUUGCGGAAAAGAUGGGCCUGGAGACAGGCUGGAACUGCCACAUCUCCCUCACGCCCAACGGGGACAUGCCCGGCUCUGAGAUCCCACCCUCCAGCCCCAGCCACACAGGCUCCCUGCAUGAUGACCUGAACCAGGUGUCCCGAGAUGACGCAGAAGGGCUUCUCCUAAUGGAAGAGGAGGGCCACUCGGACCUCAUUAGCUUCCAGCCCACGGACAGCGACAUCCCCAGCUUCCUGGAGGAUUGCAACAGGGCCAAGCUGCCCCGGGGGAUCCACCAGGUGCGGCCCCACCUGCAGAACAUCGACAAUGUGCCCCUGCUGGUGCCCCUCUUCACCGACUGUACCCCUGAGACCAUGUGUGAGAUGAUUAAGAUCAUGCAGGAGUACGGGGAGGUGACCUGCUGCCUGGGCAGCUCUGCCAACCUGCGCAACAGCCGCCUCUUCCUCCAGAGCGACAUCAGCAUCGCCCUGGACCCCCUGUACCCGUCCCGGUGCUCCUGGGAGACCUUUGGCUACGCCACCAGCACCAGCAUGGCCCAGGCCCCGGACGGCCUUUCCCCUCUGCAGCUCUCGGGCCAGCUCAACAGCCUGCCCUGCUCGCUGACCUUCCGCCAGGAGGAGACCAUCAGCAUCAUCCGGCUCAUUGAGCAGGCUCGGCAUGCCACCUAUGGCAUUCGUAAGUGCUUCCUCUUCCUGCUGCAGUGCCAGCUGAUGCUCGUGGUUAUCCAGUUCCUGUCGUGCCUGGUCCAGCUGCCCCCGCUUCUGAGUACCACCGACAUCCUGUGGCUGUCCUGCUUUUGCUACCCUCUGCUCAGCAUCUCUCUGCUGGGGAAACCUCCCCAUAGCUCCAUCAUGUCUAUGGCGACAGGGAAAAACCUUCAGUCCAUCCCUAAGAAGACCCAGCACUACUUCCUGCUCUGCUUCUUGCUCAAGUUCAGCCUCACCAUCGCCUCCUGCCUCAUCUGCUUUGGCUUCACACUGCAGAGCUUCUGCGACACCUCUCGGACCCGCAACCUCACCAACUGCUCCUCCAUCAUGCUGCCCAGUAACGCUGACGCGGCUCCAGGCUGGCUCGAGGACUUUGCUAACGGGUUGCUGCUGGCCCAGAAGCUCACCGCUGCCCUGAUUGUCCUGCACACUGUGUUUAUUUCUGUCACCCACGUGCAUCGCACCAAGCCCCUGUGGAGAAAGAGCCCCUUGACCAACCUCUGGUGGGCCCUGAUGGUGCCUGUGGUGCUGCUGGGCCAGGUGGUCCAGAUGGCAGUGGACCUGCAGCUGUGGACGCACAGGGACAGCCGUGUCCACUUUGGCCUGGAGGACGUGCCUCUGCUGACGUGGCUUCUGGGCUGCCUCUCCCUCAUGCUCGUGGUGGUCACCAAUGAGGUCGUGAAGCUGCACGAGAUCCGGGUCCGAGUCCGCUACCAGAAGCGACAGAAGCUGCAGUUUGAAACAAAACUGGGCAUGAACUCGCCCUUCUGAGCCAUUGGCCGUGGUGGCCACCGUUGCCCCAGCUCACGGGGCUGAGCCAGACUGUUCCUGUGUGGGGAGUUGGUAUCAUGAAUGUUUCAGGGUUUGCUGUUGGGCCCCUUAAACCUGUCAGAUACCGCCAGGGACUAGAGGUCCAGCUUCUGGCUCAGGCCCGCCGUCUUCCAGAUCCUGACGCUUACUGUGGAGGAGCCUUGGAGCUGUGGCCUCAGCCGGUCAGGCCAGGCCUGUCCUCUCCCCUGCCUGUGCCAAGGGUACUCUUGAAUGUAUGGCCUUGUGUGCUUAGUAGAGGCCUCCACUCCUGCCCUGCAGGCUGUCCCCUCCAGGGCCCUGAACACAGUGCCCUCCGUUCCCAGGUGUGCGGGCGCAGCCUUGAGCCGUGGACAGCGGCAGCAGGAGGCACGUGCCCUCCAGGCUGGGCUGUUGAAGGCAGGCCUACUGUACCUCCCUGCACCCUCGUCCAGUCUCCCCGGGCAGGGCCUGAUGCUCUGCCUGGCCGGGGUCCUUCGUCUCUACUCCGACCUGAGGAUGGAGCAGAGCCCCGCCGUCCAAACCCCUCUGUUUGGGCUGCCUUCAAGUCACAGCGAUACUCCGUCUUGGGGGUCAGGGCUGGGUCCUCUUUUAUCCCCUGCCCUAGUUCUCCUAUGUGAGAAUGUUUUUACUGGUGUAUAUUUUCUACUGGAAAUGAGCCUUUUAGGGAUGAAUGUAGAUGGUUUGUAUUAAAACUUGUAAAUUGCUUAAGAAAAGCCUGUGGCUGGUACGUGAGGCUGCCACCAGGGGCCCUGCCUAAGGCCCAGUGAGGGGGCCCCAAAGGCAGGAGGGGAGG